AGUAUGUUGACAACCUUAGAAGCAAACGGAGCUGAGAUUAGUCUACGAAAAAUAUUCAAGCAUAUUUGUCGGAAUAACGUGUUUUGGAAAAGACAUUUUUUAAGGACUUUUAGUUGUCUAGUUCACACAAGAUUAAAUGAAUGAAUAUUCAUAAAAAGAAAAAAACGUCAUAAUAAUGCAUUAAGUGAAUUAAGAAGUUUUAGUGAAAGUUAUCGAAACAUUGAAAGACAUUAAAAGACAUUAAUUGGUAUUCAGUCUAGUGGUAAAUUUGGAAACAUUUAUUAAAAACCAAAUUAUUGCGACAAAAUAUUAUUUCAAAUACAAUGUUGGUAGUUCUAAAUCGAGAAUUAUGAUAAAAGAAGCAGAUUUAAUCUGAAGUUCACAAUUUAGAAUAAUACUGAUGUCCAAAAAUUUUUCCACUUCAUGCAGUUCCUAAAUUUUAAAUGAAUAUUUUUAUAAUAAAAUAUAUUGAACAAAUCGACAAACACAAUUGCAUUAUAAAAUAAGCAUGCCAGUCUAUAAUUUGAACAUACGUCGCCGACGAAAUAAGUCAAAGGACUUCAUUGAUGAAAUAUUAAAUUUGGAUUCAAACUCAUUCGACGAAGCAUUAAAAAUAGACAAUCUGCUUGCAGACGAAAAUAUUCUUAUUAAACAAGAACCUGAAGAGAUAUCAAUGGCUGAAGUAAGAGAUCGUCAAAAGAAAGAUAAUCAUAAUAUGAUUGAGCGUAGGAGACGUUUUAACAUAAACGACAGAAUUAAGGAGUUAGGAACAUUGCUUCCAAAAAAUAAUGAAUUUUUAUACGACAUCAUACAAGACUUACACAUACGGCAGCCUAACAAAGGAACCAUCUUAAAAAGCUCAGUAGAUUACAUUAAGUGCUUAAAAUACGAAGUUAACAGAUUAAGAAAAGCUGAACAAAAACUAAAAGAACCAGAUAAUCAGACAAGACGUAUGAUAACAAGAAUUCGGGAACUGGAGUUGUUAGCUAAAAAACAUGGUAUUCAUAUCGAACAAUUUGAUCUCAAUAAAAAAGACGAAUCCACUUCAGAAAAACCUGAUGAAAAUCAGCUGAAAGCAAUUGAAAAAAAACCUUUAGAAAUUUUCGAUGCAGGUGAUGAGAACAAUGGAGAAAUAAUCAAUCUAAACGAGCUGGGGGAUUUUAUUGAAUAUGAAAAAGAUCUAAAUGAUCCACUAUUAUCAUCAAUACCUUUAUUCAAUACACCGCCUUCAUCCUCACAUUCUGAUUCUGUGCCAUCAUCACCUUCUUCCAUUUCAUCAUCAUCAUUUUCAAGCAAAAUAUCCAAAGUCAAACAGAAUCCCUUUGAAUUACUUCAAAGUAGUGAUGAUGAUUUUGAGUUAUGCAACAUAGAAAAACAAAGAACAAGCAAAUCUGUUAUCAGCAACAGUAAUCGUACGAGUUCUUUGAAUUUGAAAGAUCCGAUGAUGUCGGCUUCUCAUUCUCCAACACCUUUACCAAUUGAAUUAAAUAAUUAUAUGGAUCAUAUGUUCUGUUCGUCAUCCCAAUAUCUGCCAUCAGUACUGCCUAUUGAAAAUAUUGAUUUAUGCUCCAUUCUUAAAACAGAGUACGACAGUGACAUGAUUAUGAUAGGUUGAAAUAUGAAGAAUGAUACUUAUUUGAAGAAGAUAAUAACAUAUUUGCAAAUGUCGUAUUUAGAAGUCAGUAGCACAAAUUCAAGCCUUUACCUUUUAAGUAGAAAUUUUGUCAAAUUGCGGGACCGUUAGUUUUGAAAUAUAAAUAAAUAAUAUUUAUAAAAGAUAUAAA